AUGCAGGGCCAGUCUGGUCAGUGGGUCUUUCAGCCGGCACCACCUCAGCUGGCAUCAUUUACCUAUCCUACUUCUAGACCUACACCUAUGUAUUGCCCACCACGUGGCAGAUCUCCUAGCACAUCAGCCACUUUGUCUUCUUCUCCUUCUCCUUCUCCAAAUGGUACACCUCCAAGUGUAUCUAAUUUGCGCCUUAGAGAUAGCAGCUCUGAGCCUGAGUCACUACCAUCCAACCAGUCUCAGAUCCAUCGUCGUCCUCCUGCACCUGCUCCUGCUCCUGCACCUGCACCUGCACCGGCUCCUAUACAGGGACCGAUACAUCAUGGUUUACAGCUGGGAGAUAGAGAUGCGAUAGGUUCUAUCCAAUCACGACACUACAAAAGUCGUGCUGGAUGUUGUUCGGAGGCUUUAUGGCAAUCAUUUUUAUACUUCAUGGAGUGA